AUGGAUCCACGCUGUAUUAGCAGUUACACAGAUAAAGCUCUUAUUUCUUCAGUUGCUUUCUGCACUGAUGAUACCAGCUUUGUUACUGGUGGAAUUGAUAAAUGUAUUAGGCUGCAUCAAGUUGAAAAAUCAACUCGCGAAAUUAAAUAUAAAUGUGAAUCAGCGGUUCGUUGCGUAGCACUAGCACCUAAUGGUAAAUGCAUGUUUGGAGGUGAUGAAAACGGAAAGAUAUGGAUGAAAGCUCUAUCCGUUAGUCAGCAAAAGGAAGACGCAGAUUCAUUCGUCGCCCAUUUCAAAGCUAUCAACUCUAUUGCUUUUUCUCCUGAUGGAACUCGUUAUACAACUGCUUCAAAUGAUGGAACAGCUAAAAUCUUCGAAUAUCCUACCAACAACUUUGUUGCAAGCUUCAAAGGUCAUACUCAUUGGGUAUUAUCAUCCGAAUUUUCACCUGAUUCAAAUGUUAUUGUUACAGCUGGAGAAGAUAAAACAUGCCGCAUUUGGGAUGUUCUUAAUAAAGAAAAGCCACGUGUUUUUGGAAAAUUCCCUGCUUCAGUUACACAUGCUACAUUCCAUCCAAGUGGAACUAUUGUUGGCGUAGCUUUAGCUGAUGGUUCUUUCUUAUUAAUAGAUGUUCGCAAUGAAAAGACCAUUCAAUAUUAUCCUAAGGCUCAUAAUGGUCCUAUUACAGCCUUAAGAUUCCAUCCUUCAGGCUCUUUUGCUUUAACAUCAUCAACAGAUAAGACUCUUUCAAUCUGGGAUUUAAUUGAAGGAUUGAAGUUUUAUACAAUCGAUGGAUUUGCAGAUGAAGUUGUUGAUUGCAAAUGGAGUUCUAAUGGUAGCAAAUUUAUUGCAUGCACAAAAUCAGGCGAAGUUAAGACAUUUUCUACAAACUUCGACAAGUUAAUCAAGACAAUAGAAAACACUACAUCUACAGCUGGCUCAGCAAGUGAUAGUCGUAUUGACGAAGCAACUGGAGUUAUGAAUCCUGAACUAAAGAGAGGACAUCCACCAAAGAAGGAAUCAAAGCCAAAGCAAGAAGACAUGACUCCAGAAGAACGUGAUGCUAAGAUCACAGCAGCUCUCACAAAGAUGUUGAAUCAAGUUGAAAUUCUCACUAAGAGUGCAGCUAUGAUGACUGAGCGUGUUAACAUGCAAGCUAAGACUGUUGAAAGACUUCAGGCUGCUUAUAAUCAGUAA